AUGGCGGCCGUUUUGGAGUCGCUGCUGCGGGAGGAGGUGUCGGUCGCGGCGGCCGUGCGGUGGCUCGCGCACAGAGCCCAGAGUUCUCAGAGCCCCGGGGAGGCGGCCGUGCUGAGCUCACUCGGGCCGCUGCGGAAGGAAUUCGUGCCAUUCCUGCUGAACUUCCUGAGGGAGCAGAGCAGCCGUGUCCUCCCGCAGGGUCCUCCAACCCCCGCCAAGGCGCCCGGCGCCUCGGCAGCCUUGCCGGGGAGGCCGGGGGGUCCGCCGCGGGGCGGCCGCGGGGCGCGCAGCCAGCUCUUCCCCCCGCCGGAGCCCCCGCACGCCGCGGCCGAGGCCCCGGUGGCUCGCCGCGGGGGCAGGAGGCGGGGCCCGGCGCCGGCCCGCGAGCGGGGCAGCCGCGGGGCCGGGGGCCCGGAGGAGGGGGUCGGCGGGGAGAGCGUGCCCUGGGCCGGGGCCCGGAGGCUGCGGGGCUCUGGCAGUGCCGCCAGUCCCAGCCUCCCGCUCUGGGAUCCACCAAACCUCAGCAACCUGGAGGAGUUCCCUCCCGUAGGCUCGGUUCCCCCCGGCCCCGCAGGCAGGACGAAGCCUUCACGCAGGAUCAACCCAACUCCGGUGAGCCAAGAGCGGUCACUCUCCAAGCCCAAGACCUGCUUCACCUCACCCCCCAUCAGCUGUGUCCCCAGUUCCCAACCCUCAGCCCUGGACACUAGCCUUUGGGGCCUUGGCCUCCCCCCGGGGUGCAGAAGUCUGCAAGAGGAGCGGGAGAUGCUCAGGAAGGAGCGCUCCAAGCAGCUGCAGCAGUCACCUAUCCCCACGUGUCCCACCCCAGAAUCCGGGUCUCCUCUCCCCAGCCGGCUGGGAAGCCUCUCAGAUGAGCCCGCUGACCCCAGCCGAGUGUCCUCCCACCGCCGCCUGGAGUUGGUGGCCCAGGUGUAUUCUGCGUGCAUUGCUGAAAACCUGGUCCCAAACCUCUUCUUGGAGCUUUUCUUCGUCCUUCAGCUCCUCACCACCCGGAGAAUGGUGGCUGCCCAGGACAGAGACUUUGAACCAAACCCAAGUGUCUUAGAGCCCCUGGAGAGCCCCCUCUUCCAGAGCGUCCAUGACUGCGUCUUCUUUGCGGUGCAAGUGUUGGAGCAUCAGUUUCCGGUCCUCUGCUGCCUGGAUAAAGGCACCUUGAAGCUGCUGGCGGAGAACGAGCGGCUGCUGUGCUUCUCCCCUGCUCUGCAAGGCCGCCUCCGGGCCGCCUAUGAGGGCAGUGUUGCCAAGGUGUCUCUGGUGACGCUGCCCUCGGCCCAGGCUGUCUCUUUUCAGCCAGAAACUGACAAUCGUGCCAACUUCUCCAGUGACCGAGCCUUUCAUACAUUUAAAAAGCAGAGGGAUGUGUUUUAUGAGGUGCUUCGAGAGUGGGAGGAUCACCAUGAAGAGCCCGGCUGGGAUUUUGAGAAGGGCUUGGGCACCAGGAUCAGAGCCAUGAUGGGUCAGCUGUCCGCGGCCUGCAGCCAUAGCCACUUUGUUCGACUUUUCCAAAAACAGCUUCUCCAGAUGUGUCAGAGUCCAGACGGGGCUGGGGGCACUGUCUUGGGCGAAACCCCAGAUGUGCUGAGUAUGCUGGGAGCGGACAAGCUGGGGCGGUUGAGGCGCCUCCAGGAGCGGCUUGUGGCCCCUCAGAGCAGCGGGGGGCCCUGUCCGCCCCCCACCUUCCCUGGUUGUCAAGGCUUCUUCAAGGACUUUAUCCUGAGCGCCAGCAGCUUCCAAUUUAAUCAGCAUCUCAUGGACAGUCUGAGCUUGACUAUCCGGGAGCUCAACAGCCUCCCCCUGCCUCCACACGAGCCCAGUGAUGAGGAUGGGGAGGCAGAUGUCGACUGGCAGGGGGAACGGAGACAAUUUGCUGUGGUGCUGCUGAGCCUGAGACUUUUAGCCAAAUUCCUGGGCUUUGUGGCUUUCCUGCCAUACCGUGGGCCUGAACCACCCCCAACCCGUGAGCUUCAGGACUCGAUUCUGGCCCUCAGGAGCCAGGUCCCACCAGUCCUAGACGUGCGAACGUUGCUGUGGCAGGGGCUGCGGGCCCGCCGGGCCGUGCUCACGGUGCCCUGGCUGGUAGAGUUCCUGUCCUUCGCUGACCACAUCGUCCCCUUGCUGGACUACUACCGGAGCAUCUUCAGUCUCCUGCUGCACCUGCAUCGGAGCUUGGUCUUGGCACAGGAGCGUGUAGGGGACAUGUGCUUCCUCAACAAACUGCUGCUGCUUGCCGUCCUGGGCUGGCUUUUCCAGAUCCCCACCCUCCCCGAGGACUUGUUCUUUUCAGAAGAAGGCCAGCCAGAUGCCCUUCAGGUGGACACAGUGUCCUCAGAAUAUGGCUUGGACAGUGCACCCGUGGUGGACCAGCAGCUGCUCUACACCUGCUGCCCCUACAUCGGAGAACUCCGGAAACUGCUCGCACUGUGGGUUUCAGGCAGCAGUGGGCGGGGUGGAGGUUUCAUCAGGAAGAUCACCCCAACCACCACCACAGGGCUGGGAGCCCAGACUCUCCAGAGUAGCCAGGGGCUGCAGGCACAGCUCGCCCAGGCCUUUUUCCACAACCAGCCGCCCUCCCUGCGCAGGACUGUGGAGUUUGUAGCAGAGAGGAUCGGCUCAAACUGCGUUAAACACAUCAAGGCCACACUGGUAGCAGAUCUGGUACGACAGGCUGAGACGCUUCUCAAGGAUCAGCUGGUGGCACAGGGCCAGGAAGGGGGUGAUGCAGCCCAGAUGGUGGAGAUGUUGUGUUCCCAGCUGUGCCCGCAUGGGGCCCAGGCACUGACCCAGGGGCGGGAGUUCUGCCAGAGGAAGAGCCCUGGGGCCGUGCGGGCACUGCUUCCUGAGGAGACCCCAGCAGCUGUGCUGAGCAGUGCAGAGAACAUUACUGUGGGGUUGGCCAUCGAGAAAGCCUGCACUUGGCUGUCAGCCAACAUCACAGCGCUGAUUAGGCGGGAGGUGAAAGCUGCCGUGAGUCGCAUGCUUCGAGGCCAGGGUCCUGAGCCAGCUGCCCGGGGGGAGCAGAGGGGCUGCUCCCACGCCUGUGAGCACCACGCUCCCCUCCCCUCCCACCUCAUCUCCGAGAUCAAACGCCACCCCUCCUGGAUCCUCUGGCCCCCACAGGAUGUGCUCUCCCUGGCUGUGGGGCCCCGGGAUCCUGAGGAAGGCGUUUCCCCAGACCAUCUGGAGCAGCUCCUAGGCCAACUGGGCCAGACUCUGCGGUGCCGCCAGUUCCUGUGUCCACCUGCUGAGCAGCAUCUGGCAAAGUGCUCGGUGGAGCUGGCUUCACUUCUUGUUGCAGAUAAAAUCCCCAUCCUAGGGCCACUGGCGCAGCACAGGCUGGAGAGAGGGCAGGCCCGGCGGCUUCUACACAUGCUGCUCUGCCUGUGGAAGGAUGACUUCCAGGGGCCAGUACCCCUGCGACUACUGCUGAGCCCCAGAAAUAUGGGGCUUUUGGCAGACACCAGGCCAAGGGAGUGGGAUCUGCUGCUUUUCUUGCUACGGGAGCUGGUGGAGAGGGGUCUGAUGUGCCGGACAGAGAUAGAAGCCUGCUUGGACAGCCUUCGUGAUGCCCAAUGGCCAGGGGACUUCUCUGAAGAAUUAGCAACCCUAUUUAAUCUGUUUCUAACUGAGCCCCACUUGCCAGAGCCCCAGCUACGAGCCUGUGAGUUGGUGCAGCCAAACCGGGGGACUGUGCUGGCCCAGAGCUAGGGCUGGGAAGCAGCCCUAUCGGGCAUCUCAUUGGAACCCUAACGCCCUGCCCACCUGUGCCUCAAGAGGAAGGAAGCCAGGAGCCCACUGUGGAUCCUCACUGCGGUGUGAGGAACUGAAUCUGGGACAGACCUCCUGCUCAAACAUGAAGGGCUUCAUGGCACUCCAUCAACGAAUGGCAAGCCCUCCAUCCGAAUCCUAGAGGCCGUGUGAUCCAAGAUGGUGUUGGAAGGUCCUAGAGCAGAAAAGCAGGCGUUCAUCACAUGGAUGCACAGUAGCUGAACAUGAGAGGGCUUGCCAGCACGAGCUUCAAGCCUCACUGGCUGCAACACCAGCAUCUCUCACAGUCUGUGCUUCUGGAUCAUGAAAGCAGCAAAAGACUGCUUGUAACUGAAAGUUUAAACAUGGAUUUAGAAAUCUCCAUUUUCCUAUCACAGGAACCAGGAGCUUAAAAAUGCACAUCAGAUAAGGUAGGGCCCACCUGGCUGAAACCUGGCUUCAUCCCUUGGUCUUCCGCCUCUGUACAGGCCCUGACUCCAUCCAGGGGUCAGGCAAGGGACAAAACAGUUUUUAAAAUAUAAGCUGUUUGCUUUCA